GGGGGAGGUGAAGUGUUGAUAGUGGAGGGAGAGCCAUUGGUCCGACACGCGUGCGCAUCCCCGUAUUUUUUUACCCCCGCCGACCAGCUCUUCCCUCUAUAUAUGACGUAUACAGGUUGCAGUAUACUGCUUUCGCUUGCAAUCGCAGUAAUCGAAUAGGAAUUCCUGGGCUACGUUAGAUCACCGUUGUUGACCACGAGUUCAGAUUACAACCAGUGUGUGAGAAGUUCCACCAAAGGCUCUACUAUGGCGGAAUCUUUAGAGCAGAUGCCGAAAUCUGAUACUAUAAGGCUUCGUGAUCGUCACAUUGGACAAUCGUGCAAGUUAUUUUACAAGUCGAAUCCACUAAAAAUAGUGAGGGCCGAAGGACAAUACAUGUACGAUGAGAAGAACAACCGAUACUUGGACUGCAUAAAUAAUGUCGCGCAUGUUGGGCACUGCCAUCCGGAUGUCGUGCGAGCCGGACAGGAACAGAUGGCCUUACUGUCCACGAACAAUCGUUUCCUUCACGAUAACCUGGUGAUAUGCGCGAGUCGACUGGCCUCGCUUCUGCCGGAGCCGCUGUCCGUUUGCUUCCUGGUGAACUCCGGCAGCGAAGCUAACGAUCUUGCUCUUCGUCUCGCUCAGACGCACACGAAGAACAAGGAUGUCAUCACGCUGGAUCACGCUUAUCACGGACAUUUGACCACGACAAUCGAUAUCUCGCCGUACAAAUUCAAGAAGCCUAACGGCACCGGCAAGAAGGAUUGGGUGCACGUGGCUCCUUGUCCGGACGUGUAUCGCGGAAAAUAUCGCGCCAUCGACUACGCCGACGAGGAUCUAGGAGUUAAAUACGCCGAGGAUGUAAAGCAAAUCUGCAAAGACAUCAAGGCUGAAGGACGUGGAGUUUGCGCCUACAUCGCGGAAAGUCUUAUAUCGGUCGGCGGACAGAUUUUGCCACCACAGAAUUAUUUCAAAAAUGUAUACAGACACGUACGCGAAGCGGGAGGAGUCUGUAUUGCGGAUGAGGUUCAAGUCGGUUUCGGAAGAGUCGGCACUCACAUGUGGGCCUUUCAAUUGUACGGCGAGGACGUUGUGCCGGAUAUAGUCACGAUGGGCAAACCCAUGGGCAACGGCCAUCCCGUUGCGGCCGUCAUUACAACGCCAGAAAUCGCGGGCAGUUUCCGCGAUACUGGAAUCGAAUACUUCAAUACGUACGGGGGCAAUCCCGUGUCCUGCGCGGUGGCGAACGCGGUGAUGGAGGUCAUAGAACGUGAGGGCCUUCAGGAGAACGCCUUGAAAGUCGGCAAUCAUCUGAUGGCAGAACUGAAGAAAUUAGCGAAACGACGGAAGAUCAUCGGCGACUUGCGCGGCGCUGGAUUGUUCGUAGGCAUCGAAUUGGUGCGCGAUAGAAUUAAGAGGAUACCAGCGACAGCGGAGGCGAAGCACGUGGUAUCCAGGAUGAAGGACAAGAAGAUUCUCGUCAGCAGCGACGGGCCUGACAACAACGUUUUAAAACUAAAGCCGCCCAUGGUAUUCACACUCGAGAAUGCUAAUCAUUUCGUUUCCGUUCUCGAUGAAGUGCUCGAAGAAGUUGAUAUCGAUUUCGAGGAGGAACCGGAAACUACUACAACCAUCAUCAAAGCAACAAUCUCGUCGAUAGAAGUCGACAGAAACACUUCAAUUAACAAUGGAAAUUCACUAUUUGUUCACGCCAAUUAAUAUUUUGUAUAAAUAUUACAAGUGUUAAAUUUAAGACAAUUUUAUGUAAAAAAAGUAUUAUUAUUUUUAAGAUAAAUGUUACUUCUUAUUAUGACAUAUUUUUAUAUAAUUUUAUCGGAAAUAUACGUAAAUAAAGAUUAAGAUUAUUUUUAGUAAAGUAAGAUAAUGCUAUACUAAGAUAUUAUAAGACAUAAAUCAAUGCAUUUUUACACAAA